UGCCCCGAGCCCGCCCUGCUGCGCGCCGCCGACAGAGCCGCACAGUUCGCGGGGGACGACUUCGGCCCCGCCGCUCCCGAGCGAGGCGGCGGCGCCCCGGGGGUACAGCUCACCUGCGACGUCAAGCCAGGAGAAAAUGAAGUUCCAUCUGAAGAUGCCUUAAUACUACAACUGCACCUUGCAAAAGGGCAUGAGAAAUUCACUGAAAUGCUAAAAAGCCAACAGCAGAUCAUUGCUGAUUUGCAGCAAAAACUUGCUGAACAGCAACAUGUGUUGGUUAGCCAGCAACGGGAGAUUCUUGAACAGCAAAGAAAAAUGUAUGAGCAAAUGGAUCUGAUCAAAGUCCAGUAUGGCAUGCUUUUUGAUACAGUGAAACAAAUGUCAUUUCAGAGUUUGCAAGAAGAUAUUCAAAAUUAUUUUGAAAGUCAUCUUCAUGGACUUCAGAACCAGGUCAGAAAUCAUCUCCAGAAGUCAUACUCUGUGCACAAAGUAGAAGUGGAUGCAAAAGUGAUUAACGUUGGGGAGUCUUUGCUGGACUGUGGCCUUUGUGAAAGUGAUGAAUUUUGCAAUUUCCAAAAGACACCUUCACAAUGUGAAAAAUGCACAUUGUGUCCUGCUGGUUUUUUCCAAAUGACCGAGUGUUCUGCAAACUCUGAUCGGAUUUGCCAGGACAGAGAUGAGUGCAUUGAAUCUCCAAGCAUUUGUGGUGAGAGGAUAAAAUGCCUCAAUACUCCAGGUGGUUUCCGAUGCCUUGGAAUUGCUGAGAAAGAUGCAGCUUUGGGAAUGUGUGGAGAGCAACAUUUCUUUAAUAAGGAAAUGCAGGAAUGCCAAGCGUGUUUAAAGUGUGAAGAUGGAAUGGUGGCCGUGCCUUGUUCUGCUGUCAGUGACACAGUUUGUUCAGCAGCCAGUGAAAACAAGCUCUCAGAGUCUUGGGCUGCAAACAUUGUUCUGCCCUCCGUAAAGUCUGGCAUCUCUCAGGUCUACUCUGGCUUGAGCUUGAAGAUCAAGGGAAAACUUCCCUGUGAUAUCCUGUCCACUGAAGAGAGCAGCCUGGUAUUCAGGCAACAUGGUCUGUUGUGGACUGACUUAAAUUUUGCAGUAAAACACAACUGCAGGAACUUUUUGCAGCUUUCCUUAAAGCUCAAUGGCAGUGAGGAAGACUAUGAACUGAGCGGUGUUCGGAUCGAGCAGCCAGAAGGAAAGUAUUUCCAGAGCACUAGUUUAAGUAGUGCUGCUGAAGUGGAGCCCAGCCAAACUCUUUCUGUGUAUUUGAGGAGCCCUAAUCAAUUCUGCAAUCAAAGCAAAGACUUAAAUAUUUAUGAUCUUAAUACCCCGCUCAGUUUGUUUUGGUUGUCCCACGACACAGGUGCCGUGGCACUCAGUGCACAGAUGUCAACAGCGAUGCAUUACCAGACCAACUAUCGACCUACCUUUAAAAUAAUUUCUGUUUCUGACCCUUAUAUGCUAACUUUAUCUCAUGAUGGCAGAGCUAUAAAGUUCACUGAAACUGGUGUUGUCAAAUUUGUGUUUCAUCAAGCAUUGUAUUCCAUGGGUCAUACGUGUGUCCGGGAGGGCUUCUCCUUAAUUUCUUACAUCAAUAGGAAUGGUACCAACAGAGAAUUAAUGAAUGUAUUUAAAUCUGGAGUAAAUUACAGAGACACAUCAAUAUCUGCUUCUGGGGCUACAAAGGUUGGUGCUGGAGAUCUGGUUAGCUUUGAGAUACUUUCUCCUGCACAAUGUAAUGUUCGCUAUUUUGGAGAUAGUUCUGGAAUUAGUAUGUUUAGCCUCAUCUGGAUCCCUUCAGCAGUUUCUAGUGCCAUAUUAGCCACAGUUUCUGUUACAGCUCUGCCUACUGGUGCUGUGAGGAACAAACUCCUGGAUUUCACACAGGUCUCUUCCAAUGAGAAACAGAUACAACUGGUUUCUUCUGGACAGCUUGCUCAGAAGUAUUUUAUUUUUACUGAAAAGGGAGUUGCCAGCAUUGCAUUUAACUUAAAGCUAAUCCAUUCCUGCAAUGUGCUCAAAGUGACUCUCAAUCAGCUGACCACGGAUCACAUGCAGCCCACUGCAGUUGCUCAGCAGAUUGGAGGUCAGAUGCCAGAGGGAAGCACAUGGACCAGCGUGUCCCUCCGUGCAUCUUUUGAAGUGCAUAAUGGAACAUUGGUAUCAGUUUCUCUUGACUGUGUGCGUGGAAGGAUCAAUCAGAUCACUCAUGAACAUGGAACCAGUAUAUCUAUUUUAUGGAUUUCAUCUUAAUUUCUGUGCAGUGAAGUUAGCAUGGAAUUGGGAUUUCAAUUGUAUUUGGAGCCUACUCUGAUUCUAUACGUAUUUGACACUAUACUGUGUUGACUUGAGCGGAUAAUCCCACAGAAUGCUUUCAAUUUUAGGAAUAUUUAAAUAUAAUCUUAACUGAAUGAUCACUAUUUAAAGAAAGCAAGAGCUUUCAGUCAAGAUUUUAAUUCUGCUACCAUCUUCAGACAGGGGAACGUCAAACUCCCUUAUUUUCAAUAAAGCAGCCUCUUAAAAUUGAUUAUUUCUGGACCACAAAAAAUUGCAACUGAGGGUAAAUAGCGUUUAGUACUGUAACUGAAAGCAGCACAGCCAAAUAUUUUCCUUUCAUAUGCUUUCAUUUUUUUCAUGCAACAGCCUAAUAAAAAAACUAAAUGUACUUUGAGGCUAAUUUGUCUACAUCAUACAAAAUGUUGUGCUUUCCAUAAAGGGAGAGAACAUGCCUCAAAUAGGUGAUAAUGUGGCAACACUGGAGUAUGCAUUCUUAAUAUUGUGGAAAGGGACUGGGUCAAAAUUAAAAUAUUGUUUUUACAACAAAAACAGUGGAACUAAUGACGGCUCUAAUUUCAUUUGGAAGUGAUCUGCAUUUAAUAAUUUAGGAAGGCUUUUCUCUGUUUUUAGUUUUGCCAGUGAAAAGUUGCAGAAUGAGAAGGAAGGGGGUCUAUUCUAACAAGAAAGAGUAUAUAGGCAAAAAGAAGCAAGUACUGAAAGAAUAUAUUGAAAAUUAGACUUCUGAAAAUUAAGCAAAUUUUUAUUCUAUUUCUUUUAAACAGUAAAAUAUUUUUCUGAUCAAAAGCUCCCAUUAUUUACAAGUCUUUUUUUUUUUCUGAACAAUUUUACUGAACAGGUAUUUACAUUAAAAAGGCUUUUUUUUUUUAAAAUUUUUGGUCAAAUCAGUCAAUUCAAGGAAAUGUUGUAUUCAUUGACUAAUUUUUAUUUUCUUUCAACUCUUCCAUCAAACUAUUCUUUCUCUAAACUACGUAGACUGUUUUCUCCCAUUUUCUCCUUUCUCCUCCACAAAUGCUUCUUCACUCUCCUUUCUCAUUUCUUUUGUUAGGAGUAAAUGAUGUGCCUUGUCACAUCUCUUUCCAGCUUUCUUUCAGCUUUUGUACAGAAGGACAGAUGUUUGUGUCACUGAUGUAACUAUAAAAGAGAGACAUUAACAGUGCACUUGCAGCCUGCCUUAAAUUAACCCUACUGAAAAUAAAUACUAUACACAAUUAUAACUUUAAUGUCCCUGCCUGAGUAUGUAUAUCUAAAGUAUAUCUGUACAUUGCUGUGUUUUAAUCUGUUUUGGAGAGUGUUACACUGUUUUUGCUGUAUAGUGCCCUCCUAUAAUUUUCUGUAAUAGAAUGAACCCAAGUGCAGGAAUUCUAUCUGUUCAUUGUUUUGUGACAUUAUAACUGUGUCCUUAACAUCUGAAGUUAUUUUUCCAUCAUAGUUUGUUGGGUUUUUUUCUUCAAGAAUAUGCUCAAGGAUUCAGGCUUUUAACAAAUUGCUUUCCUGCUCCAAAUAGAGAACAGUAGUUUUUCUUGCUUCCAGCUGCAAAAUCUAAGCAGUCUGUCAGAGGAGACCUCACUGUGCAUUGUGUUGCAGCCAGUGUAAAUACACAAACCACGAUCCUGGUGUCCCCAGACUCUGUCAGUGACAGAGAUCUUAGUGCCUGUGUGUGUAGCCAAGGUCUCAUUCAUUCUUGCAAGGUCAUAAGGAAGGAUGAAUUUAAACUACUAUUGAAGGUGUUCAGCAUUUGCACGAUACUUCUAUUAUUACAGAAGAUAUUUUAUAGUGGUAGAGAAGAACUUCUGGAAUGGAAAGCAUGUGUAUCUGUUGUGUGCAGAAGAGCUGCAUUACCUGGGAGCAGAGCAGUUUUUCUGGAAACUUCACUCUUGGAGUCUACUGAGACUGAACAAAGAUGAAAUGGCACAAGAGUUAAAGUUCUCCUGACAUACCCAUUCUGAUUUCUGUAGAAGGAGAAUAAUUUCUGUGAUGUAGGAGAAACUCUGCAGAGAGAACACCUGAGUAUAUUUAUGGUAAGAAUUGAAGGAGAGACGAAGUUAGAAAAAGCUAGAAAUUAUAGGCCUAUGUUUUUGUUUUAUAAAAAGAAGCUGCUGUCUCACAAACAGAACCCCUUAUUAUCCUCUGCCAGUUUGUGUUGUGCAGUUCUGUUGAACUCCCCAGAAUGGCAGCUGAAAAGUCAUUCUAGAUUUAAACCUGUGUAGCAGAGAUCAGAAUCUGGUGUUAGAAAUAAUCUGGUACAUCUUUAGCAAAGUGCAGAUGUUACUUGAAUAAAGAUUUGUCCAUAUGUGCCAUAUAGCAAAUCUAAUGGCAUGAUUUGUAUUAGUAUUUUUUAUUUGAGUGAGGUUGUGAGAUUAGUGGAGUUAAACAGGGCAGAGAAUGAUGUUAUGAUCCUGCAUUAUGCAUGCUGGUGGUACUUGCACUUAAAUGCACCAUUAUUAAAGGAUACAGAAGCUACAAGGAAGGUACAAGUGAGCAUUAUUACAAUUGAGAGAAGUUCCAGAGUAUAAAUUCUUCAAUGUAAUAAAACUUUCUUUAGAGGAUUCUGUGGGGAGUGCCCAUAGUUUCCCUUAAAUUCAGAGUAAGUUUUUAGAUGCACAGUGGCAGAAACAGUAGUUUGCAUCCAGCUGGUAGUGAUAAUGCAUCUAAUGUUUUACUCAUGUCAUCUGUGAUAAAGCAUUCAGAGAGUGAAAAAAAGUCUUAUCAAAUAUGUGUUAUUAUUUGCAAUUUACAGCACAAUUAGCCUUAUUUCAAGCAAGAAAAGGCUGAUCAUUUAGCCUCUUUUGAGUCUCUCCCUUUCAAAAAACUAAAAGCCUGGAUCUGUUGUUCAGGGCGCUCACUGACCUUGGUUAUAGGAACAGGAAUUUGAGUAUGUUGGAAUCAGUAUAGAUUUAUAAUAGCCUAAUUAAUGGUGUAGUAUAUAGCCUUUGCAUCUAUGAAAAUGAUAUAUAUAUAUUGCCUCAUACCAUGCAACAUUAAGUGGUGCACUAUGAUCCUGAAUAAGAUAAAGUUCAAGAGGAAUUGAUGCACAAUGAAUGCUAAUCUUAUGGCACUUAUCCCACUUGCUGUAAUAAAUUGCAUGUUUUAUUGUCAGGUACCUUAUUAAUUAUAUUUACAAUUUUUGAACUUUUUUAUUUUUAUUUUUUUUCCGUAUUUUAUUUUCCAUUAAUAGUACAAUAUAAUACUGUGAAAUAUGGAAUUCAUUAAAAAACUUAUAUUUUGCAUCUUUUGAUACCACAUUCUUGAAUAUGGUUAAAAUAGCUGGAGACAGGCUCUUCAAUCUUUUCUGUCAGAGAGUCUUUCCAAAGGAAGGAUUCACAAAGUAACAGAGUAAGUAUAACACUGGUAGAAUCUACCUGUACAGAAUGACUUUAAGUUAAUACAUCCAGGAAAGCAGGUGGAUAUUUCACUGUGUUAUGAAGAUAAUGGACAACUUGUUAUAGAAAAUUUGACCAUUACAGGAGGAAAAUAAUUUAGGUUGAAUAAUGCUGCUUAUACAAAAGAAAAAAAGAUAUGGCUUACAAUACCUGCAUUGAUUCGUAUUGGGAAACAUUUUGCAAGUUCAAAGGUUUUACCUGAAUAUAUUUAUUACCUAUGCAAAUUUUUUAUGCUUUCUGUCAAGUCAAAACUGGGCAGAAUAUGUGAAGUCUAUUUUAAUAUUAUCUCUAUUCCUCUGUUCUGGGGUUUCUGCAGAUUGCAGUACACUGUGAAAACUGUACUAUUUUCUAGUUGUGCUUUUUAUGAAAUUUUCUACUUUGAAAAAUUACCUUGUUUUAAAAAUACUGUUUAGACACUUUCCUCUGUUAAUAUUCUAUUAUAAUAUGUUUUAAGAGAAAUUUACUGAGAUAAAUAAAAUGAUAAAACUUCA